AGAAAGGGAGAUGGAGGAGGAGAAGGAGGAGGAGAGAGUGAGAGAGAGAGGGAGAGAAGAGGGUGACCAAACGGAGGGAGGAGGGAGGGGGAAACGGCGUAUGCUUGUAUACAACCCUGAUUUCCAUUUUUUUUCCCAACUCGUAAUGUAUUUAAUUCAAGUGAAACGUAAUCAUGACGUGUCGUGUCAUUAAUCUCCUCGCCGCCUCUCCCAAAAUUAAAGGAGGAGGCUGCCACAGAAGUGUGUCCCCCGUCAGCCGAGACACUAAAGAAUGGCAUAACAUCACACACACUUCUGAGGAUGGAUUCUCCGCCAGAGUGUGUGUUGUCUCUUUCUUGUGAGCAGCCCCAGUCUCCCCCAACACUACCAUCCCUGGACCACAGCCCCCAGGCCUCUUUUCCUCACACCCAGCUCUCUCUACCCAACAGCCCUGUUCUCCUGCCAAUUCACAGCCCUGAACCUUCCCCUCAGAGCCCGGACACCACGCCUUAUUUCCCCCUCUCUCCUUUCCCCCUCCACGGGGACAACAAUCACCACAAUGUUGAUGAAGAAGAUGACGCAGAAGGCCUGGAUGGAGUUCCUCCAUCCCCAACCCCAGCAGUGGCUCUUUUCCCAGGAGGAGGGGGACAAGAAGCUGCAUGCAGCCCUUGUUUGGACUCCUCUCCACCAGCCACACCAUCAGCCCCAAUCCUGGGGUUUGGAGCCCUGGAGCUGGCCCUCUCAUCUGGGCAGAGUGGAAACUGCAACGAUGAGUUAGACCUCCAGCUGUUCCAGAAAGAUACUGUUACCAGGGCGAUACCUGGAGUGGGAGGGGCUUCACCAGGCCCUGCACUCAGGUUUCCCUGUCAUGUAUGCGGAAAGAGAUUCCGAUUUCAAAGCAUUUUGUCUCUUCAUGCCCGAGCUCACAGUCUGGACCGAGACCGCCGAGCUUCAGCUCUAUACCGGACUGGACUCCCCUCAGCACCCCUGAAGCAGCAUCUCAAAAUUCAACAGAACCACAAAGACUUAAUCCAGAAUCACAGAAGUCACCCAAACCAGCGUAUACUGCCAGGGACUCUCAUUCAGCAUCUCACAGAAGAGGAUGUUGAUGGUGAGGUCAAAGGUCUAGACAACGGCCUACAGACAGACCAGAACCCAAACUUUUUACUGGAUGACAGCACACCAUUGACCCCUCCACUUACAGAGGACCCUGUUUCUGUGACCCCUCCCUAUUCUUCUACAAUUGGGGAGGGUGCGUCUACUCCUAUAGCGCCUACGUUUCGCUGCCAUGCCUGCAAAGGAAAAUUCCGUACGGCUUCGGAGUUGGCGCGCCAUGUCCGCAUUCUUCACAACCCAUAUAAAUGCACUCUUUGUCCUUUUUCUGCCAGCCAAGAAGAGAGCCUGGCAUCCCACUUGCAGGAGUUCCACCCUUCCCCUGAGGUACCUGCUCUGCCACCAGCCUUCAAUUCAAGGGACAUCAUUACAACUCCUGAUACUCCUGUGCCCACCCCGACCCAUACUCCAGCUCCAACCCCAAGUACAGCACAGGUGACAGCAGCAGCUGCAGCGGCUGCAUCCCCUGCACUGCCAGCAUUUCGCUGUGAUACUUGUGGACAGCGGUUUACCCAGUCUUGGUUCCUGAAAGGACACAUGCGAAAGCACAAGGACUCCUUGGACCAUAAGUGCCAGGUUUGUGGCCGUGGCUUCAAAGAGCCUUGGUUCCUCAAAAACCACAUGAAAGUACAUCUCAACAAGCUUGGGCUGAAGGCUGGACUGGGAACCCUUGGGGGACCAGGAGGUGCAGAGCAGCAAGCCAAAGGCUCUGCUAAUAAUCAGUCUCUCAAUGCCCUCUAUUCAAGCCUCCUUCUCGCCCAGCAAAGAGGUGGUAGAGGUGGACAAGGAAGAUCAGAGAGAGAAACUGGAGGAAGAAUGGGGAUGGGCUCAAGCAAGUCAGCCAUUCUGGGCUACCUCGGGUUGCCCAGUGAUGGCAGUGGGGCCAGCUGCAUGGAGAGACUUCAAGCAGUGGCUCAGGUGGCGGAGAUGGGAAAUGGUGGUGGUGGCAUUGGCGGCUCAGGAGUAGGGGACCCAGGAAGAGGAGGGGGAGCAACUAGAGGAGGGGGCACAGGUGAGACUACCGCAUCAAUUUCAGAAGGAGGAGACCAGGCAACUUGGUGGCAGCUGGUGGCUCGCAGCCUGGCAGUAGCUCAGCAGCAGCAGCAGCAACAGCAACAGCAGCAGCAGCAGCAGCAGCAGCAGAGGUCCCACCAGCGAGGCCAGCAACAAGGCCAGCGAGGCACAGGUCGGAGCUCGGUGAUCACAGAGGCCGAACAAGUCAGAGCCUACCUUGGAGGCCUGGAUCCAAGAGAAGAGUCUGGUGGAGCAGGAGGGCCAUGGGAAUGCCCAGACUGUGGAAAGCUAUUCCGCAGCCUGCAGCAGGUGGUGGUUCAUGCUCGCGUUCACACUCAGAGGCCCCAGAAAGGAGGUGGUGGCGAAGAGGAGGGGAGUGGUAGUCGCAGAGGAUCAGGUCUAGGAAGACGAGGCAGCGGUGAAGUGAGGCAGGAAUCUCAGCUACAUGGUGGUGGAUCCCAACAAACCGGAGAUGUGAAACAGGAAUCAAAACUGCACAGUGGUGGAUCACAUCAAGCAGGAGGAGCUACGGGGUUUCACUCCGUCAUCUCAAGCCUCAAAGGAGAAAAUGGCUUGACAGCAGUCUCCUCCAUACCUUCAGUUCCCACCAGGGAGCGAGUGCGUGGUAGAGGGAUAAAAGACUGCCCCUACUGUGGUAAAGCCUUCCGCUCUUCACACCAUCUCAAAGUGCACCUGAGAGUUCACACAGGUGAGAGACCCUACAAAUGUCCCCACUGUGACUAUGCCGGUACCCAGUCGGGCUCGCUGAAGUACCACCUCCAGCGGCACCACAGGGAGCAACGCAACGCCUUGUCAGCCUCCUCCAAUUCUUCCUCUAGUGGUCUCACCUCCACUAUCCACAGUCUGACCUCUGGAACCUCUGGACUGGCCAAGCAGCGCCGAUCCCAACUCAACCACUGCCCGGUCAACCGAGGCCCAACCGACCCCACCUCCCAGCCCAGCCAGCAGUCCUGGCUCCUUGGGGUUCCAGACCAGCGAGAGCAUCGGAAGGCCUUGGCGGCUCUAAGGGAUGUCGACUUGGAGACCCAGUACAGGUAUCUGUCUGGGGUGAUGGGGGCCCUUUACCAAGGUGGAAUGGAAGGAGGCUGGAUUAGGGAGUCUCCCCCACCGAAGGCCCCUAAAGUGUCCCGUCGUAAGCCCCUUACUACUAGCCGAAUGGUUCAGUCGUCGAGUGACAAGGAAGGGCCUGCGCUUUCAACUCAAGAGGGGGGUUUUGAACCACUGGAUCUGUCCCGUCGACCCUCACCUGGCCUUGGAGGCAUGGAGGAGGAUGGAAGCAUGAGUGUAGGGGAGGGAGGAGGUGUUGGUGGUGGGGAUGGCGGAGGGGAUAGUUCAACAGGGAUCAAACUGAGCCAGUGUUUGUUCUGCCCUUUCCGUACAUCUUCAGCAGAGCUGAUGGCCAUGCACCUGCAGGUCAACCACACUAGUAAGUCCAGGCGCAAAAGAGCCCCUUCUACUGCCUUGGAUGUUGAUGGAGCCCCGAAGGCCACCAAGCCCCGGAUGGAUCAGUCUGAUCUUGACUCUCUGACAAUAUGGAGGCAUGUGACUGAGGCAGAGUCCCAGGCACCACUCGGGGAAUGGUCCUCAACGCAGGCCAAGACCCUGAACGGGCUCUCUCCGGCUACAGAAGACCAUCUGGACGACAUCUUUGACCACCCAGACGUGGCAUCAGUAUCCAAGAAUGUAAGAGACCGUCUGGCACUCAAGGGAACGAUGGAGGGGGACGAGGAAGAGCAAGAGGAGGAAUUGGAAGAUAUUUUGGAGAAUAGCAGUCUGGAAGAUUCGGAGGACCAGGAUCUGAGGAUGUCCCUGGCUCUUUCACCAGCCCUGAGCUCCAACCACAUGGUGGGAGAGGAGGAAAGAGUCUUAACAGAUUAAAAUCCUUUGGGAUGAUAUCAUUUAAAUUGGAUAGUAAGGUUCAAUGUUUUCAAUUACAUUUGACACAGAAUUGAAGAAGGGGCAGGUAGCUUUGCAGAGCAAACAGAUGAUUCUUUACUCCUAAGGUUUUGAAAAGGACAGAGAGAAUCACAUCACAGCUGUUAUUUUCCCUCCAACAUUAUUUGUCUACUUCAGUUCUGAGACUGUGGUCAACCACAAAAUAAACCUUGUGUACAAAGGAGCAUAGAUGCAUCUUUACAGGGUUUUGUAGGCCACUUAUUUUUAUCUUUCUUUCAAGCUUCAAUCCAAGAUGGAUGAUUUUUAAGGUGAUCUUCUAUUUGAUAAAUUAAAGAAACUUGUAAGAUCUAGGGCAUAAUUCCUGCAUCAUUUCACACACAUUUAUUUCACACUAAUAAUGGACUGUUUAUCCCAGACUACUAUACUGACCAAGCUGAAGCCAGCUGGGAAGAGAUGUUCUCCUGACUGACCAUUGAACAGUUUGAAACCUCAAACUUCAAGUUCCUCCUCAACCCACACAGAUGUGGAGGAAAGUUGAGUCGAGAAAUGUUUUAAGCUGUGAAUCUCAGCUAAGCUAUUUGGUAUUAAUUUAAGGCAUGAGGUAACUGUUGCAGGCCGCAAGCUUUCCCUCAAGUAUAUAUCACUGCCUUGUUUGUCUGAAAAGUGUUUCUACACGAUUGUCCUAAAGAAAACGGAAACGUUUGUAACAUUUUUUUCUUUUUGAGUUAGUGCCUGUUCAUGUACGUUGUCAAGAGAGUCUCUGGUAUUCCUACACAUCGAGGCUCUGAUAGGUCAUUCAUUUUAUCUGAAUAUACAGUUUAAAACAAUUUAAGUACAAUAUAUUUGUUAAAAGUGGUUCUAGGGUGUUGUGAAUAGUUAAGUUGUAAAAGAAAUGCUGCAUCGUAGCGUGAUGUCCUUGACACAGACGGCAGACGUUUGUGGCUCAGCUUGAAAAGAAAACAAAAAAAAAGUAGGUGAUAUAAUGUAUAAUGCGAUGAAAGAGGUCAAAGGCUGAGCGAUAUAAUCGGUCCCAGUUCAAUACUCAGUGUUUACAAUGGCGCCGAAUGCGGGUUGGGUUGUCAAAGCAAUGUAGAUGCAUUGAGAAGAACAAAACUCAGAGCGGGAGUCUGAUUGAGGGCUGUAGGAACGUCGCCCAAGCCCCCGAACACAAUCAACUGACACAGCCUUUUUAAAGAGACAGAGACUUAUCAACUGUGUCAAAAAGGAACAAUCUCUCCAUAGGAGAGAAAAUACAAGGUAGAUGAAAAAGAAACCAGUACCCCUGCCAAACAGGACUUAAUCUGAGAAACAAGUACUCUGGGGGUAUGGUGUCUUUUAGAUGAGUAGAUUCCCUCUCUUCUUCUUUUAUAAGAAAAGAAAAGACAAGACAAUGGUAGGAGUAAUUAUUAAAACACUAACAAAUGCAUAGACAUCCCAGUAGAAUAUGUGUAGCUUUUGUAAUGACGAUAAGAAAAAAAAAGCAGACUUUUGUUUAUUUUCAUUUCAAGAUGCGUACAGAAAAAGGUUAUCAAUAUAGGUAAUAUUGAUUAUAAUGUUUGUGAGCUAAGACUAGUUGGAAUGUCUAUACAGAGCACUGUGCAAGGUUUGAGUUCCCAAAGUAGUUUUUAUUUUGACUUUAUCGAUAGACCAAACGUUUUUUCAGUGGAAGUUGUCACUUUCUGUUGUCGUUUUAAAUGUGUAAAGCUGUGGUUUCGAUAGAUUUACCCCAUCGAUUAGCCAAAUCGGUCAAUCGGUUAAUCAGUGCAUCAAAUGUCCAACCAUUGAACUGGUUGUUAAAGAAAGUUCUCAUUCAAAAUACAUCAUUUUGUGUAUACAUCAACACAUCUACCACUAUAAAUGAAAACAAUCAAUCUCUUAUAAUGAAUUCUUGUGUUUAGAAGAGUAAAAAAAAAAAAUAUGAAUGUGAGACAGUAAUAUCCCCUCACACUGGUUAGCAACUAUUUAUCUAUAUUGACUACUUUUGGAUGGGGUAUUCUAUGUUUGCAACCACACCUUAAUGUGCAUUAAUGUGUUUAAGUUCCUUCUUUAGAGCACCUUAUGAGUUUUGUAGUGAAAGUCCCUUAGUGGUGUCUCCUUAACAACUACUGUCAAUGCCAUCGUGCCUUCUGUUUCAAGCACUUCCUGGUGUAUUUUGUAAAACUCACCAAAAGCACUUAGCCUACAUCACACUCUUUCUUCCUCUCUGUCUCCGUCCUUCCACUUCCCCUUCUCUCUCCUCUCUUUUCUUCCUCUUCUCCUUCAUCACCUCCACUCAUUUCCUUAAUCCCUUUCUCGUGUCUUUACCUCUUGACCCCUCUCUCCUGGGGGAAGAUGUUUUCAUACCAGAUUUCUCUCUUUUGUUCAGGCCUGUUCGGCCCUAAACGAGGCCACUAGGCCUUUUUACAAUCUAGCAUGGCUAGACUCUUGAAAGAAUGGACUACCUAACCUUUAGACAAGAAAAAUCAUUAUAGAUGUAGGGUUGGACAACCUUUGGUCUUUAAUACUAACCCUUUGUAAACCAAAGUCCAAGUCUAAUGAAUAUUAUCUCAUGAUGGUGCCAAAACAUGUCCGAGGUGACACUAAAGCAUACCAACUUAAGAAAACAAAAUAAUUCACUUCUCUCUUUCCUCUCUCUUUCUUUAACUCAUCGUCCCUCCUUUACUCUGUCUCUCUCUCUCAUGCUUGCUCUUCCUCCAUGUCGCUCUCUCGUCCGUAAACUGUCUAUCGCUAGCACCACUUGAAGGUGACGUGUACUAUCUACUAUCUGGUAUUGAGGCCUUUAUUAGAUUUUUAUUUCAGUUUGUGUGGUGUUUGUUCAAUGCCGUUGAGAUGGAAAAAUGCUCUUCUUAUAAUGAUAAUUAUUAUUGUUUUGGCAUUAUGGUUAAAAAAAAACAGCAAAAAAAAACAAAAAAAAACGAGAAAUGUGUUGUUGAAUGUUGUACAGAUAGCACUAGAGAUGUUGUGUUUUUUUAAAGAGAGCACAAACCUGAGUGAUGGCCCCUUCUACUCCUCCCACCGGCAGAUGGGAAUAAAACAGCCUGCCAAUCAAUCUAGAUGUCUAAUGACAAAAAUGUCCUCGGUGAUGACAGGUUUUCAAAACAAACCCUUUUGUCUAAGUAGCGUUCUUCUCUGGAGAUUUGAAUGCAAAAAGGCAGCCUUUGCCUCAAACCCCAUGCCCAAAUUUCUUGCACAUUGAUCUCUAAAAGACGAAAGCAGCACUUGAGCCAAUAGUUGUACUAUUUGAGGUAUAGUUUGAUUCAUUCUAUUUUGCCUAUUUACUAAGAAACACAUGUGUGACUUUAAUGUGUUUUUUUGUAUCAAAUAGUUCCAAAUCCUACACAUUCAUCACUGAGGAGUUUGGAACUAUUUGAUCCCAAAAAAUUCCCCAUUUUAGAGAGGUGCGUCUAGUUAGACAUCCGUUAAUUGAGCAAAGCAAGGGCGAGCUCAUUUCAAACUACCUUAAAGUUCACAAAAAAAUCAAAGCAUCCUUGAGUUUGGUUGGAAAAUAAAAUGGGAAAAUUCUCUUCAAAACAAACUAUUCCUUUAAAUUUGUUUUCAGUAGCGUACAAUGUGGCUCCUUUGUGAAUUUUCAAACACGUGAAAAUUGCACCUUAUCUCCUGAUCGUGAAUCAGAUAUUUUCACCAAAAGGAUAAUAAUUCAGUGGCUAUUAUAUGGGCUGAUCCUACACAUACAGCAUCUAUAGUUCUGACCGUUUUGAAGGCGUUGUUUAUUGUGACAUGACAAAUCUUUACGAGGUGAGGGGACCAUGCUGGGUUUGGGCUCUUGUGUAGUUUACUGCCAUUGCAGUGAGGGAAAACUGAUCUAACAUAGUAGUGACUAAUAUGCCUUUGUGGACAGAUAAAAUAAAAAAAUAAAAAAAUAAAACACAUUAGAAAUAAAUAAACACAAAGAAAAUAA